AUGGGAAGGCCAGUGUUCAUAGUUCCUCUGAUCCUGUUUGCUCUGAUGCUGAUGGGGACUGGGGCCAAAAAUUGUGUGUGCAGUGGAAAAUCAAGGUGCCACUGUAAAGGAGUGAAAGGCAGCAGGGGAGACAAAGGUUUUCCAGGAGUUCCAGGUCCCCCAGGACCAGAGGGCCGUCCAGGACCAGAUGGCCAUGCUGGGCCUAUGGGACCAAAGGGCAACACAGGACCUGAUGGACUUGUGGGACCAAAAGGCGACCUGGGACCCGAAGGCAAAGAAGGAUUUGCUGGGUCUCAUGGUUUACCGGGUAUCCCGGGUUUACAAGGACCUCCAGGCCCCCCAGGGUUCCAUGGAUGCAAUGGAACUGAUGGAGAGGAUGGACCUCCUGGUAUCCCUGGGCCCAAUGGCAUUGAUGGAGAUCCAGGUCCACCAGGUCUGCCUGGACCUAAGGGUGAAUCAUGGGUAUCAGCAAAUUCAACACCAGGACCACCUGGGCCAUCUGGGAGGGACGGACAGCCUGGACUUCCAGGUACCCGUGGAGUGACUGGACCAUCAGGGGACCCUGGACCAGCAGGAUCUGUUGGACUUCCUGGCCGCCCAGGGACUCCAGGAUCUAAGGGUCAAGAAGGCAUAGGUAGUAUCCCAGGACCUCGUGGACCAAAGGGGAGACAAGGACCACCGGGACCACCGGGGCCACCGGGUCGGAUUAAGGAGUAUUUCACUGAGGAUUUCAUGUCACAGAUUGAGGGUCUAAAAGGAGAUAGAGGAGAUGUGGGAGAAAAAGGCUGCAAGGGCGAACCAGGGGACCCUGGCUAUGGCUUGUACAUCAAAGGAACAAAGGGAGACAAAGGACAGCAAGGCCCAGAAGGAAAGCCAGGGAAGGAUGGUGAUCUUGGACAACUUGGAUUUAGGGGAAGGCCUGGUCCCAGAGGUGAUCCAGGGUAUCCAGGGACACAAGGAGAGAUGGGUGAAAAGGGAAAUAGAGGUCCACCUGGUCCACCUGGAGAGAUAUAUGGGCCUGUGUCUCAACCACUCAAAGGAUACCACGGAGAUCCUGGUCCUAUUGGUCCACCUGGGCUUCCUGGGCGUCAAGGUGUUGUUGGAUUUCCUGGACCUGAUGGACCUCCAGGCCAUGCAUCUGGGAUUCAUGCACCAGGCCCACAAGGUCCCAGUGGCUUUCCAGGCCCCAAAGGGGACCCUGGGGAGCCUGGGGAUAUUUAUAUUGGACUCCCAGGUCUAGAUGGGGAUCCUGGUGAUCAAGGGCUUCCAGGUGAUCAGGGCCCACCUGGACCUCCGGAAGACAGAACUAACAGGAUCACCAAAGGUCUUCCUGGAAUGAAGGGAGUAAAGGGUGUCCCUGGACCUCCGGGAUAUGAAGGGGUGUUUGGAAUGAAAGGACAAAAAGGGGAAUACUGCUAUGAGUGUAUCGGAUCAGGACCCCAAGGACCACCGGGUCCCCCUGGUCCACCUGGAAUCCCUGGCUACAAUCAAGGACCAGGUGCCAAAGGUGAUCCUGGCUUCCCAGGUCCUAGAGGUUUACUUGGAGUGCCAGGUCCUAUUGGUGAAACAGGAUUUCCAGGCCUUCCAGGAGAAAAGGGAGACUCAUAUCCCUACAACAGGCAAGGGGUAAAAGGAGAAAUAGGAGACCCAGGACAGCCUGGCGGGCCUGGUGCAGAUGGCCUCCCCGGAUUUCCUGGGUUACCAGGUCGCAAAGGCAAUCAAGGUCCCCCAGGGGAUUUGUAUCCAUUCUCUGGUGUGGAGGGAGAUCGUGGUUUUACAGGUCCACCAGGGUCUUUAGGCAGUCCGGGACCAGUUGGCUUUCCUGGGCCAGUGGGAUAUGGUCCUCCUGGACUUCCAGGAAGUAAGGGAGAUGUUGGGGUACCUGGCUUGCCAGGACAGCCUGGAGCUCCAGGCCAGAAGGGGGAACCAAGCCACAUCCACGGCAAAGGACCACCUGGACCACCUGGAUUUAAAGGUCUGCCAGGUUCACCUGGCAGCCCAGGUUAUCAAGGAGUGUCAGGUUCCCCAGGAACACCAGGUUUGCCAGGACAGAAAGGAGAAAGAGGUGAUUUGCCAUUUCCUGGAAGGCCAGGGCUCCCAGGACCAAAAGGUGACAAAGGACGACCAGGUGACCCAGGUUUACCAGGAAGGGGCUUGCCUGGUCAGCCUGGUUUACAAGGUCCUCCUGGUCCUCCAGGACUGAAGGGGGAUGGUGGCCCUGGAAACCCUGGCCUCCCAGGUCUCCCAGGGCUUCCAGGAGAAGAUGGAGCACAUGGGCCUAUAGGAGAUCCUGGGACCCCAGGUCCACCUGGGAACCCAGGGCUGAUCGGCAGCCCUGGCUUUCCAGGAGAAAAAGGAAAUAAAGGCUCUGUAGGGCCCCCUGGGCUACCUGGUAGCAAGGAUUUAUGUAGAGGUUUACCUGGACCAGUGGGACCCCCAGGACCAGAUGGUUAUCCAGGACAUCCAGGACAAAAUGGCUUGCCUGGUGAGAAGGGCAAUCCAGGUUUGCCAGGGUUUGGUCAUCCUGGCGCACCUGGUGAGCCUGGUCCUCCUGGAGCAUCAGUGCCAGGUUCUCCUGGACUUCCUGGACGAAAAGGGAUCAAAGGACAAAAUGGCCUGCCUGGUCAACCAGGACUGAGAGGAGACCCUGGACCAGAUGGGUUACCAGGAUAUGGACCAGAAGGACUGCCUGGAAUUAUAGGAUCACCAGGCCAUAUAGGUUCCCCUGGCCGAGAUGGAGCCAAAGGUCUCCGGGGUCCCCCAGGCUUGAAUGGAGAGCCAGGUUUCAUAGGUCCUCCAGGCACUUCAUCACCAAUACCAAUAGACAUUGUUGGGCCCCCUGGAGACCCUGGUAAUUCGGGUCAACCUGGUCUAGCUGGUCCCCCUGGAGACACUGGAAUUACUGGACCAGAAGGGCAGAGAGGGAGAGAGGGAGCACCGGGGGGUCCUGGACAAAGAGGUCCUCCAGGUGAUCCAGGCAUUGAUGGACCAGUGUUCUCACAAGGGAGUCCAGGACCCACUGGACCACCAGGAGACCCAGGAGUCAGAGGGCCUCCAGGACUCAAAGGAAUAAAGGGAGAUCAAGGAAUUACUGGGAGACCAGGUCCAGAUGGUGCACCAGGUCCAACUGGUUACAAAGGAGUUACAGGAGAACCAAACUACGAUGGAUAUGGGCCGCCUGGACCAGUGGGACAAAAGGGUGAACCAGGAUCAGGCAAUACUAACAUAAUGAAGGGUCAGAAAGGAGAACCUGGUUUAGGUGGACUACUAGGUCCACCAGGAAGCUUUGGAGCCAAAGGAAACUCAGGACCCUCUGGAGGAAACGGUCCACCAGGCUAUCAAGGGCCUAAAGGUUCAGAUGGGCCUCCAGGAAGCAAAGGACACCCAGGACCUCAUGGAGCACCAGGUAACCCUGGACUGCGGGGUAUCUCUGGUCAUCCAGGUCCUAAAGGCAACCAGGGCCGGGAUGGGAUCCCUGGACCACCAGGGCAGAAGGGGGACACCAUCAUAAUUGGAGGGACACCUGGGAGACGUGGUGACACAGGUCAACCAGGCCCCCCUGGGAACCCUGGUCCCCCUGGCUUGUCUGUUGCAGGUGGCCCUGGACCGACAGGGGACAGAGGAUUUCCAGGUCUACAUGGGGUCUCUGGUCUGAGGGGGCCACCAGGAAGAGAUGGGGAAUGUAUUCCUGGGUUAAAGGGAGACCGCGGCUAUCCAGGCAUUCCUGGUAGACCAGGCUAUCCUGGCUCACUAGGCCCUCCAGGUCCCACUGUGCCUGGGUAUAAAGGAGACAGAGGGAACCUGGGUCUUACAGGAGGGCCAGGCUAUAGUGGACCCCCAGGAGAUCCAGGCCUUCAAGGACCACCUGGUACAAGAGGCAGACCUGGAGGCCCAGGGCCAAGAGGUGAUGCUGGUCCUCCUGGAAUCCCAGGGCCUCCUGGUGACAAGGGAGACCCUGGAUACAUCCCAGGCCCGCCUGGUCCACCUGGAACCAGAGGUUUUCCUGGACCACCUGGUCUCAAAGGUAAACCAGCAUUUGGCAGGGCUACAUAUGAACCAGGACCUCCUGGCUUGCCUGGUCCCUCUGGCAAUCGAGGAUUCCCAGGGAGCACUGGACCAUCCGGACCACCAGGCCGCCCAGGCCCGCCAGGCAUCAAAGGAGUGCGUGGCUCCAGCCCACCUGGCCAGCCUGGAUUUACUGGCCACAGAGGAAACAAAGGAAGAGCAGGGUUGCCAGGUCCAGAAGGCAGACCUGGAGACCCAGGCCGCAAGGGUCCCACAGGGUUACCCGGUAAAAGUUCUCCUGGAUUUGUUGACAGUUUCCUGAUAGCUAGACACAGUCAGGGCAUCCAUGUCCCUGACUGCCCUCGUGGCUCAACCUUCAUCUACUCUGGUUAUUCCUUUCUCUUCGUCAAUGGAAAUGAGAGAGCUCAUGGUCAGGACCUUGGCACCAUGGGAAGCUGUCUCCCUCGUUUCUCCACCAUGCCCUUCCUGUUCUGUGACACAGAAACUAACUGUCGCUAUGCUUCUCGUAAUGACUACUCAUACUGGUUGUCCACUGACACUCCUAUGCCCAAAGACAUGGCUGUCAUCACAGGGGAUAAACUGGCCUCCUACAUCAGCAGGUGCUCAGUGUGUGAAACCACCUCCAAUGUCAUAGCCAUCCACAGCCAGACAACUCUGAUACCUCAGUGUCCCCAAGGCUGGGAGUCCCUGUGGUCUGGAUACUCAUUUGUCAUGCAAACAGGUGCUGGCGCAGAGGGCUCCUCCCAGCCUCUGGUUUCUCCUGGCUCAUGUCUGGAAAAUUUCCGUCAAGUGCCCUUCAUCGAAUGUCACGACAAGGGAACAUGUAACUACUACCCUGAUUCCUAUAGCUACUGGCUGGCCUCCCUUGACCCCAGAAACAUGUUCAGUAAACCGGUUUCUCAAACAGUGAAGGGACCUCAUCUACAAAGUGUUGUCAGCCGUUGUCGUGUCUGUAGGAAACCAUGGCAGCCCGACUCAGGUGACAGACGUGGGGACAAUUAA